UUUGAUGCCGCUGGAGGAACUUGUGUAUGGUGGAUGUGUUUCUGAAAACAGAGGGCUUUAGUGAAGAAACAGUUUUAUUUAAGGGGAAAAGUCAACUAGACUCCAGUAUAACAUGUCUGACAAAAGUGGCGAUAAUUUUCGAAAUGGACGUCGUUCAAGGGAUGCAAGCUCUCAAUCGGACGAGAGCAGUGAUGAAUCCGAUCAGGAUAACGGAAUGCGCAUUGGGGAAGAGUAUCAAGCAACAAUUCCUGAGUACUCUCCAGAUUCCAAGUAUGAUGGGAAGCCGGAGGCAAUGUUGGUGUGGGCACCGUCACCAAAUUUGUCAGAUGCUAAAGGUAGUGUUGAUGAGUAUAUCAGAAUAGCAAAAGAUCUGCAUGAUUACAACAUGGAACAGGCUUUAGGAAUGCUUUUUUGGCAUAAACAUAACAUUGAACGAGCGUUAUCAGAUCUGCCCAAUUUUACCCCUUUUCCUGAUGAAUGGUCUGUUGAAGACAAAGUUCUUUUUGAGCAAGCUUUUGGAUUUCAUGGCAAAAGUUUUCAUAGAAUAAAACAGAUGUUGCCAGACAAACCUAUAUCAGCACUUGUAAAGUAUUUUUAUUCAUGGAAAAGAACUCGCUCUAGGUCCAGUGUAAUGGAUAGACAGGCAAAAAGACUGGGAAAUGGUGCUGAAAGUGAUGAUGGAUCUGAGAACACUUCCAAUUCUGAUGAGGAAGAAAAGAGCAAAGAAAAUAAAGAUAAAAACCGCUGUGUGAAUUGUGGAGUUGUUACCUCACAAUUACAUGUAACUCCUAAAGGAUCACUGUGUCAUAGCUGCUAUCAAUACUGGAGGAGAACUGGAGUUAUGCGAUCAGCAGGUCCCAAACGCCAUGAUUCUCAAAGUACAGGGAGGCAUAAUCCAAUAAAACAUAAACGCAAACCACCUAAAGGGAUGUACUUAGAUCAGAAUGACUUACUAGCAAUGGUUUCUGGUCCACCCAAUCAGCCUGAGGCUAUACUCAAGUCACUUGACUCUGAGCUGAUUUCCCUUAAGCGGAUGGUUCAAAAUAACAAACAGAUGCUAGGUCAACAAAAGCACAAACUUGGUACUGGAGUGGAUGAUUUCAAACCGCCAGAAUCUGGAUUCCGUAUUAAUGCUAGGUGGACAAAUGAAGAGUUACUCUUGGCUGUUCAAGGUGUGAGAAAGUAUGGGAAAGACUUCAAAGCUAUAGCGGAGGUGAUAGGCAACAAGACUGAAGCUCAUGUUAGAAGUUUCUUUGUUAACUUUCGUCGCCGAUAUAAUUUAGAUGAAGUCUUGGGUGAAUAUGAAGCAGAGCAUGGGAAAUCAGAGUGGGCUAAAUCUGAUAGUGGAAAAGAGGAAGAAGAUGAAGUAAAAGAAGCAGAAAUGAAGAUGGAUGUAGAUUCUUCUGAGACCAGUGUAAAUGGGAAAGCCAGCACUCCUCCAGAAAACUCUGAAAACCCAGCUAAAAACCUAAACAUUACAGGCAAAGAUUCAGGGGAUGGGAUCAUUACCCAGACAGUCAUUACAUCAUCAACAAAAACUGUUCCAGAUCAUCAAACUAGCACUCCUUUGCCAAGCGAAACAGCAGCCACUUCACAACCAACAGUUACAGUAGUUAGUGGAGCAGGUAUUUAAGUUAUUUAAUGAAGAAGAAAUAUGCAUUUAUCAAUACUAGAUGGAUACAAAUGUCAUGCUUAGUAAAAAUUUAGAUAUUGAAAUUAUGUUCUGUGUUUUAUGUACAAUGGGUUUUUUUUACUUGGACAAUUGGGCAGUAACAUGUGUUAUCAAAAUGAUGAUACAUCUUUACAUUUAGUUAAAAAUGUUUAAAGUGUAAAUAUCUUUUUAAGGAUUUUAUCAAAGAUAUACAGUUAUAUGAAAUAUCCUGUUAUCAGUUUAUAUUACCAAUAAUAAUGGUAUUUGUGCACAAUUCAAAAAAAAGUAUUUGAAAGUAAUUUUUGUAGUACAAAAACUGGCAUUUUUAAAAAAAAGAAAGUAAUUUUUUUUGUCAAUACUAUCAGGGAAGUAUUUGCAUAUCACAUUUGUAUUGGAAAUGUAUUAAAUUUAUUCCUAAAAAGUAAAUAUGAAAUGUUAUGGUAUACAUUAUAGGCUGCUACAACCAUUUAGUGAACAUUCCACCAAUUUGGGUGUUUUAACAUGCUUGAUUUCUUUUGCUUGAAUGAAGUUGGUGAAGUUAGUCUUACCUUUCAAUUAUUCUUCCUCUUAAAUCCUGAAUAUUUUUAUAAUUUAAAUUUUGGUUAUCAGAUGAGUAAUAUUUGUCAUUAAAGUGUCAUUAAAAAUAGAUUACUAAACUAGUAAAAUUUAUAAAUUUAAAGCCUUGCCAUUACAUUACAAUAAAUGCUUUUAUAAUCGAAAUAAUUUCAUUAUACACAUUUAUUAUAAUCAAAAUAAUUUUAUCAGAUUUUUCAUUAGAAUCAAGUUUUUCCACCUUUAAGUUUUUUUAACCAUCCAUAGCAAAGGGGAAUAACUAAAAUAAUAAUACAGGCUUUUUAAAAGAACGAAAGAUUGCAGUUAUUUUUCAUUUUGAUAAAUAUUAACAUUACAAUAAGCUCAAAGAGUAGUAACUUAAGAAGUGUUGCCAGGACAGUAUAAUUUUGAUUAUUUUCAAGUAGUUUUCAGUAGAUGCUAAAAGGUUUUGAGUUUUUAAUCUCUUUAAAUGUACAUUUCCUGCCCUUUUAGGAAAAUAAUUCUAUUCUUAGCAUAAUUUAAAUUCAUUAAUGUACAAGCAUUAAUAAAUGAAAUGACCUAUCUAUAGGGUUAGCUGCAAAUUCUCUUGACUUUUUGAUGGUUGCGAUUUAAUAUUGCUAUAUAUAAACUGGAAGUAUGAUAAGGGAUGUGUUUUAUAUUAUAUAGUAUUUAUUUGUAGCCUUUAAAAUUGUGAUAUGAAGUUUAUAACAUGUCUCAUUAACUCUUUUAUCAUUAAACAGUUGCUACUAAAUGUUUGCACUGGAUUAUUUAGGUUUUAUUUUUUAUGUGAAUACAAUAAACAAUAGAGAAAGCUUAUUUCAGUUAAUUACAAUAAUUUUAUCACAUCUCAGGCUUGAAAAUAAGAAAGGAUGAUUGAAAUUAUUGUUCCAUUUUUUUCUGAUUCUAUUAUCUAUACUUUUCUCCCUAAUUUUUAAAUCUUUGAAAUAUUGUUUAGUUUUUAAAGAAACUGAAUCAAUCUCAGACUCAAAUAUAUAUUUUCAAAUCUCCGAGUGUAAAAAUAGUAAAAAAUAAGAGCCACCUCUGUCUGGAUAAACAGUAGUAAUUCUUAUGCAUUUUAAAACAAAAAAAAGUAAAACUAGAUAAUUAAACAAAGGUAAAAACCUUUUUUUAAUUAAUAAAUAAAAAGCACAGGGUGUUAUGUAUUAAAUUACUUACUAUUACUGUUAUGGCCUAAUAAGACAUUGCCCCUUUUUUGCCCAUGAAAAUGUCCACCAGGGAAGGGUAUGCCAAAAUGACAGUUGUAUACAUAUAUAAAUAUAAUUUUAUAUAAUAAUUAAUAAGUCAUGUUGCCUUUUGUAGGUAAUGUCUACUAAUAGUAAGAUGUUAAACAAUUUAACCAAUCAAAAGGUUUUUGAAAUAUUGUUUAGCCUUUUUGCACAGAUCAGAUAAUAUUUUCAUGUCAAGGCCAUAAGGGGUAAAUCCUACAUUUAUUACAUAAUUUAGUGUUUGAUUUGGAGGUAACUAAAUUGAUUAUACUAUUUGUUAUAUUAUGUGAUUUAUGACUUGCUCAUGCUUUUGACUAAAAUAAGGAGAUUUAUGGUUACUAGAAGAAGGCAUUGAAACGUAACUGUGCCUUUUGUUAAAGAAUCAGUUUUAAAAAAUGUUUCAGUGUAAGAAAACUAUUUCUAUUUAGAUGAUAAAAUUUGCUGUUCAUGUAUAAAUUUCAUAUUAUCACAUACUGUAAUAAAUGUAAAUAGCAAUAAAAUUUGUUCAAAAAAUAAAUUGUCUGUACUAAAGCUUUCACUUGACUGUAUAUGAAACCUUGUUUUCAAAAAGGAAUUAACGCUACAUGUAAAAUAAAUAAACACAUUUUUCAUUUUCAAAAUACAGCCAUGUACAUUGGUAGACUAUUUAAACUCCUAUUGUGUUUUUUACUCUUAUUAAAAACUAGUGAUCUCGUCCUGUG